AUGAGGGACCUGAAGAAGCAGUUCGAGGUGAACCCCGAAUCGACGCACCUGGUGGAGAUCGGCCACCAGGUCGACCUGAAAUGCGUCCCGCCGACCGGCAUGCCGCCUCCCAGGGUCUACUGGCUCAGGGGCGGCCAGAUGCUGCAGUCGGACACGGACGUGCUGGUGACCAGCGAGGGGCACCUGUUGAUAGGGCAGGCCCGGCCUCAGGACACGGGGAACUACACGUGCGUGGCUGAGAACAUCGCAGCGAAGAGGACGGCGGCUGCAUCGCAGAUAGUCGUUUAUGAAAUGGGUGAUUACCCCCCCCAUGAAAUUACCCUAGGCACGCGCCUGCAGGGUAUCCUCAAUUUAGGAGCAGUUAUUUCAGUUGAAAAGUCUGCUACAUAA